GCGGCGCCGGCCCCGGCCGGGGCCCGUGACCAUGGGCAUCGCCGAGUCCACGCCAGACGAGCUGCCGUCGGACGCGGAGGAGCAGCUGCGCGGCGGCGAGCAGCAGCUGGAGCUGAGCGGGAGGCGGCUGCGGCGGCUGCCCAGCGCCGUGUGCGCGCUGAGCCGCCUGCAGAAGCUGUACGUGAGCGGCACCGGGCUGCGCGAGCUGCCGGAGGAGAUCGAGGAGCUGCGCGAGCUGCGCAUCCUGGCUCUGGACUUCAACAAACUCGAACGCUUGCCUGACGGCCUGUGUCGCCUGCCGCGCCUCACGCGCCUCUACCUGGGUGGCAACCGGCUGCUGGCUCUGCCCGCCGAGUUCGCGCAGCUGCAGAGCCUGCGCUGCCUUUGGAUCGAGGGCAACUUCCUGCGGCGCUUCCCGCGGCCGCUGCUGCGCCUAGUGGCGCUGCAGUCCCUGCAGAUGGGCGACAAUCGGCUGCGCGCGCUGCCCGCCGAGCUGCCGCGCAUGACGGGCCUGCGUGGCCUCUGGCUCUACGGCAACCGCUUCGAGGAGUUUCCCCCCGCGCUGCUGCGCAUGGGCCGCCUGCACAUCCUCGACCUUGACCGCAACCACCUGGGCGGCUUCCCCGACCUGCACCCGCUUCGCGCCCUGCGCGUCUUCUCCUACGAUCACAACCCGGUCACCGGGCCACCGCGCGUCGCGGACACCGUCUUCCUCGUGGGCGAGGGCGCAGUCGAACGCAUGGCCGAGCGCGACGAGCCCACGCCUCGGCCGCGGCCUCGGUGCCCAGCGCGGGCCUUCGACGACGAGGAGGAGGAAGACCUGCUCAUAGGGGGCGGGGUCUCCCGGGCUCUGGGGCCCCCCGAGGGCAGCCUCCGAGCCCUGGAAGCCGCUCCAGGACUGGGCACCUGAGCCUGUGCUCUGGGUGAUGGACUUCCGCCACUCUGGGAGGAGGAGCUCUGGGAGGGUCUGUGGGAGCUGUGGGCCCCUACUUGGGGCAGCGGAGAGGCUUCUUUGAGUGAGCUGUGGGGGACCGGCAGGCCCGGGGACUAUCUUCAGAUAUUCCAGGGUAGUAAGAUGACUGCCUCCUGGCUGAUCUCUGGGCAGUUCUAAGACCAAGAAGUCUCCGCUCCCUCCAGUCCCCUUACAGGUCCAACUAGUCUCUGACAGAGUCACUGACAACACAGUAGAGGUGUCAGCUUCCUCCCAGCACCAGGAUCACCGUUGUCUGUGGAAUCAUCACCUCUGGCUGAGUCUGGGUGACCACCAGCCUCCUUCCUCCUGGACUUUGGAACUCCUGGACCCACCCUUUCUGGUGCAGAAGCCACUACCUCUGGGUGGACUGCACGCCUUUGUGAGGCAGAAGUACGCUUGGGAGAGGGCCUGGGCCAGGGGCAGGGGCUUGAAGUUGGGGCUGGUGCCCAGGACAGGAAUGGGAAACUGGGAUAGGGGCCCUAACACCACAGUUGCUCUUGCCCCUCCACCGGGGCUCAUCGUACACACCUCCCUUCCCAGGCCCCCUAAAAUUUUUAUGGGGAAGGGAGGCUCAGAAGGCAGGGUCUCCACCCCUGCCUUUUAUUCUCUUCCACUCUCCCAGCUUGGGCCUGGAAUCUUGCUGGGAGCAGAGAGCUCUUCCUCCCUUCUCCACAGCCUGAGCCUUCCAGCUGUCAAGUUGAAAAGAAGCCACUGUGCCUCUAGGGCCUCCUGCACAGAGAGAGGCUCUCUGCUCUGGGAGCCUGCUCCAGAGCCUCUCCCACUGCCUGUACUCUCCAUUCCCUUAAAUGGGCACAGUCAGUGUGGCUGGCACGGCAUGGGGCAUGGGACGAGCACUGUGUGCCUCCGCUCGUCACCAGGGACAGCCUCAAGGGGCUGAGGAGUGGGGCCUCACUGUGCAAUUCCCAGGGCCAGAUCUUUCCCACUCAAGCAAUAAUGGGAGGACAGGGCCAGGGCUGGGGACACUCAGGGACACUGUCAGGGGCAGCAGCCCCACAUGGUAGUGUUUUCUUUAGGGAGAAAAAAACUGGCUGAAAACAUAAAUUAUAUUUCUUGGAGAAAGAAUGUGCGUUUCCCACAUGCCUGUUUAUUUAUAAGUACUGGAAGUACCAGGUCCCAUCGCUGUGGGGAACCUGGCUCCCUGUGGCACUGCCCUCUGUCCAUGUGCCCCAGUUCUGCGUCAGGCUGUCCCCAGCCAACUGUUACGUCCUGUCUGGGGAACAAGUGCCUGUCCUUGGUCACAGAUGGCUUUGACUACUCACAGCUGGUUUGU